GUAAAACCAGUGCUCUUGUCACACCCGAGGGCGCACCGGCCGGUCCGCCAGGCCAGCACUUGGUUUAGAUAAAGGCGUCGCCCAUCCAUUCGGACAAGCUAAAGUCACCUCGCGGUGUUCCAGCUCCGUGUCGAGGCGUGACCGGCUGCACGGUGCCGUGGAAAACACACCACAGCAGCCGUGACCUCCGUGACUCGCACACGGGGCUUGACGUGUCACGCGCCUGGAAGUCGCCGAGCAGGGCGCACACACACCACGGUAGCGCGCAGCUAGCUUGGGAGCGGGCGGGCUAACUCCAUGCUAGCGUCUCGUCGCGAUGGACCGCUGCAGGUGCCGAAGCUCGGCCGCGGGAAACCACGCGCUCGCACACGCGCGGAGGCGGCGACACUUGGAGAGCGGAGAGAGGAGCGCGUGUACCUUGAAUGCCCGUCUGGUGUGACAUGGUGUCUGUCGUCGGAUGAGAGGGGGCCGCUGAUUGUAGCUGAUCGGGCGAAAACCAGGGCAGAAGAAGCAGGAAGCGGACUACACCGGCGAGGCCCGCCCCCAGUGUGUCGUCAUCGACGUCGAGCAGCAGCAGCAUCAGCAUCAGCAGCAGGGUCCCAUCAUCAUCAUCAUCAUCAUCAUCAUCAUCCCAGAAGCUGCGCCGUCCGGCGGGAACCCGCUGACCAGGCAUCGGCCGCCUGAGCUCGCGCGCCCGGCGCAUGGACGGUCCGGGACAAUGGCAGGGGAUUUGGGGGUGCCUCUGGCGUGUACCAACAACAGGUCGCAUGGAUAAUCCCUCGUCCAGCCUCCCGUAUCAUCACGUUUUGGGGAUGGUCAGAGCGCCGCUGUCGGCCUGAUGUGGCAGGAGAGCCGUGCGGGGCUUGUCCUCCUGGCAGUCGACUGAGGAGGAGGAGGAGGAGGAGGAGGAGAACGGCGUGGAGCAGGUGUAGUGUGGCUGGGGAGCUCAGCAGGAUGGAAAUAGAUGCCCGUUUUCGCUACUAUUUCCAGCACCCGUGGUCGCGUCUCAUCGUGGCCUACCUCGUCACCUUCUUUAACUUCCUCAUCUUUGCUGAGGACCCCAUCUCUCACAGUCAGACAGAAGCCCAUAUGAUUGUGGUGGGCAACUGCUUCUCCUUCCUGUUCAACAAGUAUCCGGGCCGCGAAUGGAACGCCCUGAAAGUAACGUGCUGGAUACUGGCCAUUAUCUGCGGCCUGGUAGCCGGGAAGUUUAUAUUUCACCGCCAGCUCUUUGGUCGAUACCUGCGCCUGAAAAUGUUCCGCGAGGAUCAUGGCUCCUGGAUGACCAUGUUCUUCAGCACCAUCCUCUUCCUCUUCAUCUUCUCACACAUCUACAACCUUUUCCUGCUGAUGGCUGGGAGCAUGGAGCCUCACAUGGUGACGGAGUACAUGGGCAUCAGGAAUGAGAGCUUUAUGAAGAUUGCCGCGGUGGGGACGUGGAUGGGAGACUUUGUCACUGCUUGGAUGGUGACAGAUAUGAUGCUCCAGGAUCAGCACUAUCCAGACUGGGGCAAAGCAGCCAGAAGAUUCUGGAAACAAGGCAACAACCGGAUUGUUCUCUUCUGGGCAGUGCUCAUCUCUCUGACGUCAGUGGUGGUUCUGGUCAUCAGUACCGACUGGAUCAGCUGGGACAACCUGAACCGUGGCUUCCUGCCCAGCGAUGAGGUCUCCAGAGCCUUCCUGGCCUCCUUUAUCUUGGUCUUCGACCUACUCAUUGUCAUGCAGGACUGGGAGUUCCCUCACUUCAUGGGCGACCUGGAUAUGAAUCUACCAGGAAUGUCAACGACGAGUGUGAAGGUCAAGCUCCCCGUCUGCAAGAGUAUCUUCAAAGAGGAGUACCACAUUCAUAUCACAGGUAAGUGGUUCAACUACGGAAUCAUCUUCCUCGUGCUGAUUUUGGACCUGAACAUGUGGAAGAACCAGAUCUUCUACAAGCCCUACGAAUACGGUCAGUACGUCGGGCCGGGUGAGAAGAUCUUCACGGUGGAGGAGCCGGAAACACUCAGCGACUUCAACCACAGCACACUCACCUACAAGUGGCGCUCCACCAACAUCAACCCCGCCAGCAACCUGAGCUACGUGGAGCGGGACAUGUUUCUCCACAGCCGCUACGUGGGCGCCAGCCUGGACAUCAAGUGCCUGGCCUUCAUCCCGAGCCUGGCGGCGUUCGUCCUUUUCGGGUUCUUUGUCUGGCUGUUCGGGCGCUUUCAGGAGAGCGAGACCUUCACGGAAAAUCAAGAAAAAACGUACGAGAGGAUAAAGAGGAAGUCGCCCUCAGAGCACAGCAAGGACAUGGGUGUGACGCCGGAGGAAACGCAGGUGACGAUGAGUGAGAGUUUAAAACAGUCGGGAACGCCGAUUCUUCUGUCGGUGGACGGGCCGCAUUUUGGAACGACGUCCUCAACGAACUCGACCAUUUCCAUGGAAACCCAAGAGACUCAUCCGAGCAUUAUGAUUGACAGUGCAGCGCUGGAGGAACCGGCGGUCUCUUUUGAAGUCCACAAACUCUCUCCGUGAACUUAUCAGACUUUGAACCUUCUCACUGCCAUUGAAGGGUUAACUGCGUAGUUGGUCAAAGAUUUUCUUUGGAUGAAACCAAGCUGCCACAGAGAGAAGUUUAGAUUCAAGAGGAGGUUGAAAGUGAUAUUCACCAAGCUAAUGCGAUGGCUAUUGCAGUUAUUAAUAUAUUUUUCUAAACCAACCUUUUUAAAAGCCCUGAAAAAUGCCACUGCACCGAUUUUACGGAAUGGAAAUCCAAACAGAAUGCAAACACUUAAUUGACGUGGUGCUCGCUCCAGUUUUGCAUUUUCAUAAUUCAACCUUGUCAUGGUUAACUACUUUGGUGCCUAUAUCAGAGGAGGAUUUCUACUGUUGUGACACUGCAGUUUCACACUUGUGUUACAGCUACAGUCAGUGCCUUGAAGUUUUAAUGUGUUAACAUACAGACAGAGACAUAUUAUGACUGUCUAUACUACUACAGGCAACAAAAUGGAAGAUGUCCCUGUGUGGUCUGCUAUGUUAAUGUUCUAUAUAUGCUUUCAUAUCGUACUGUAUAGACAAUUGUAAUUUGAUCUUCAGACUUCAUAAUUUUAAUUUAUUCUCAUGUGGCAUCUCUCCAUCUCAAUUUUAAAUGCAUCAUUCUUGUUAAAAUGAUAUGAAUGAUAUGAACAUCAAUAUAUUUUGAUUAUGUAUUUAUACACCCUCCCUCGAUAUUAGUUGCAGAGAUAAUGAAUGCAAUCAACAGAGAUCAAGUACCAAAUCAACAAGCCACCUCAUGGUUGCUUAGGCCGCCGCCGCGCCGACACUGAAUACCAACAGAGUGAGGAAGGUGGUUUUGCCCUUGGCAUAAACAUGCAUUUGAAGUGCAGGGGAGGCUCCCGCCCCAGAGUUCGGGGCUUCUUCAUGUCGGGAUAAACUUUGAAAGGUUAAGAAGCAGUUUUGCAGUCGUGGCAAAUGCAUGAAAAGUAUUUAUUUGAAACAUCCCACUGUAAAUUUUUUUUAAUAAUAAUUGAUUUCAAACCCAACUGCAACCUGCAGCUUUUACGUUUACACUGACUUUGAAAGUUUUUGCUAACUUAUUUUUGUUGUUUUUGUUUUGUGUUUUUUUUUUUUUACAUCUUUUCCUUUGCUGUGCCAUUUCUCUAAAAUACAAUUAUUUUGGUCUGGGAAAAAAAAGUGUCCCGAUUGAUUUUUUUGAAAGCUCAAAUAUCAAAUAAAUUAUAACAAAAAUACUAACUUUUCAAUGUAAAUGUUUCAUGUUCUUUGCAUAUAUUAGUAACCAAAGAUAAACAAACCGACCUUUUUAAAACAAAUUAUGAUGCAUUAGAGAAAGGGGAAAAAAAGAAGCAAACUUUAUAGUUUCCUCGCUUAACUAAAUCAAAAAAUAUACAAAUCAAGCCCUAGAGCCAUGACAAAAAAAGGAAUUAUAAUUGAUUAUAUGUACUAUGCAUUAUAAUAUACUGUAAAGUACUUAAAUGUCUUCCUCUAGAAAGUAAAAAAAAUAACCGCACCAUCCCACCUCAGUCCUUAAAGAAAUCUUGUUCAGCAUUAUUCACUUUCAAGGUUUCCUGCUUUGUUGUUUGAGUUUCCUGACUUCAGAUAUCAGAUUACAGUACAGGAGUGUGAAGCCUGGAGUCUGCCAACAGACUUUUACAGUGCAAAAUUAUGAUCAAUUAAUGAAUUGAUCCCUCUUUAAAACACAUUUUGAAUCAGUUAAUUGCAUUCAGGCAUUUAUAAACUCAGGUAAUAAUGAAUAAUCUUAUGAUUAAAGUAUUUUAUUUGCUUCCACAAAUUAAUGAUGGAUUGACAUUUUAAAAUGGAAUUGCAACAUUAAUUACAAAGAAGGCUUUUACUGUACAUAUGACUUCUUGCUUUUCCAUGUGCUUAUGUGAUGCUCUUUUCAUUGUCUAUCUCGCAGUUCAUGUUUCUGCUGCUGUAACAUUGACAGUUUUCAUUUAAUGAUCGUUUCCAUCCACAGACAACGUCAUCAUUUUAAACAUUGUGCCACCUAAUCCAAAGUAGCAGUGAUUGGCCCAAAUAAAGAGCAGCAGGCCAAUCAGAGCUCCUGCUGCUGCUCUUUGGGUUGGAAUUUAAUACAUUUUUAAAUGAGAAACAUCUUACGAGCUUAUACUGUAAUUGGAGCAAACACUAAAUGGAAACCGUAAGAGUUAGACGUGAUUUGUAAAUAUUCCAAAGCUGGAAUAAGAACUUGGGGUUUAUAGAUACACAACAUAACUUUACAUAGCUUUUGUACAUUUAUUUAUGUAUUAAUUGAUUAUUGUUAAGCACUGUUAAACUCCAUACAAUAAUGGUCUGUGUGUAUGUGUGUUUGGUAUUACAUUGUGGGGGCAGAGGUGUCGAUUUGUGUAUUUAAUAGUGCGUGUGUGUGUCUCAAGUGUUUACUACAUUGUUUUUUGACAAAGGCCAUUCUGUGAAGAGGUCAAUUUAUUUUGCAUAAUUGUUUUCCAGCGCUUGGUUCUGUAAUUAUCCUUUUCUACAUCGCAGCUCUAUGAAGACAUUAGACAUUAGUGUUUAACCAAAGGGCAGAACCUCAUAGGACGUAAAGGGAGUCCGAUAUAUAGAUAUAGAUAUAUCUAUAUAUCUAUAGAUAUAUCAAUAUAGAUAUAUAUGUGUCAUGUAUUGUGUUUAGGUUAACAGUGAGGCUUUUCCUUUGUCGCUCACACUUUCAAUUGUGUUGUGUUGCAAAACUGACGCUUUCUUUAGUUCCUGUGGAGGAGAUCUCUUUUCAGUGUUUACUCAGUGUACUGAAUGUCUGUUAAACCUUGUGUGACCAAUAAAUUUAAUAUAUUUGUUAGAUACUAAAAA